UGACACACACAGCCGCUAUUCGUUACUGUCGUUGUCGUAGUUGUUGAUCCGAAACUGUAUGCGUUGUGAACGGUAGAAGUGUAGCUAACACAUGUCUUUCGAGUCAAUAAUUGCCUUUGCACCGUACAGUGGGCAUGCAAGGUCUAUGAGAUUCAAGGACUUGUUACGCAGAUGCUGAUGCUAUGUCACAAGAAGAAUCACUUUUUGUUUACUUUCGCCCACAAGCUUGCCCAACGUUGAGUUUGCCUGCCGCUUGUAGUGUUGUCAGCCGAUAGCAGUAAAUGAAGCGCUUAUCGCAGGCUACGCUUUGAAAGAGGGGGCCGUGUUUAGGACAUGUUUCUACUGUUGUGUAGAAAUGACAAUGAGUUCCAACCUCGUCCGCAAUGAUAUGGUGCGUACUUUGUCGACGUUCCUAAGAAAACACGGUGACCUGGUUCUCAAUGGUACGAGAAGGCUAACGUUGACAACUGGCUGCUUAAACGCACUGAAUGAUAUCUUCAGUCAGUUUCUCGGAGCCCAGGACAAUGACUCUUUCACUGUACCUUAUGGCUGCAGUGGGAAUUCCAACUUCAUGUGUGAUGUCUUUUUCCUGCACGACUUUCUUCAGAAGGCCUGCUCGUUGAAAAUCGUUCAGAGCUCCUCAACAAUUCAAGGAGGGCUCGAUCUGUCGAAGUUUCGCUGUCUGCGCAUCCUGGAACUGAAGAGAGUUCCACCACACUUGCUUGUUGGAGUCGAUUCACUUAUCCUCCAGCUCGAGACCCUCAUUUGUCAGCGGAGUAUUUCUUCUCUGAAGGAGGUGCUUUGGAUACGCAGCACAGCACGUCAGCCCUGGCUGAAGCUCAAGAUUGCAAACUUUAGCCAUAACUCCAUCACAUGCUUGGAUGACAGUUUGACACAAGUGCCAGGGCUGCAGUAUUUUGACUGCAGCAACAACUGUAUAUCAGAUGCAACAGGAAUUAAGUACAUACAGAACAUGAGGGUUCUUAACUUGUCUUACAACUUUCUGGAAUGCAUAGAUUCCUUUAGUGAGAAGGCUCAAAUGUCAUUGGCUGUAUUGUGUCUUAGGAAUAACUGCAUUGAGACAACACAAGGUCUGGCCACUCUGAGGGGUCUAAAGGAGCUGGACAUUUCUUUCAACUGCCUCUCUGAUGGAAAAUCUCUGGAAGGUCUAAAGCAGCUCUCCUGCUUAAAUCUGUUGAAGAUGGAAGGAAAUCCAAUCACAUUUCACCACGACUACUAUGUAGUACUGACAUCCAACCUUUGCGGCAGUGUUGUGACUUGCCAUUUCGUGUUGGAUAACCAACCACUGCCACGGAAAUACGUAAAGAUUUCUAAUAGUGCGUCUUCAACAUGGAAUGUCGAGAGCAUAGAGCCAUCUACUGUUACUCCCUCCGUUGGUAGUUCAGUACAAAAUCCUAAUCAGUUAUCUGCUGAAAUGCACCCAUCACUUCAUGAGGUGCCAUGCGCAGGAGCAAGCCUCGUGCAACACGACCCUAGUGAAAGUAACGAGAGUGAGAAACUGGUUGUGAAGGCAAAUAAAGUGUCGAAAUUGAAGCGACGAGUGCUACGAGUGGCUGCAAUUUUAGACAAGCCAUCUGUGCAGGACACAGUUGGACCUCCUAGCAUGGGUAGUGAUGUUGCAACUAGUACAGAGAUUGUGGACUACAAAAAUCGUCUUGAAAGCCGCAAGCAACGGUUAGGCGAUGAAUGGCUCGUGGGCACCACACAAGUGCACCUUCCUGGAGCCAGCGAAACUUCUCAAAGUUCAAAUGCUUCAGCACAUGGCGAUGCUGAGCAGAUCGCAUCAAAGGAUACACUUUUGACGGAAGGAAGGAAGGAUACACUCAGUGACGAUGACUCGGGAAGGGCUGAAUCUGUGACAACAGUUCUGCUAAAAGAAACAUCUCCCGUUGAUGACAGGGAGACAGAUAUGAAGGAGCAGCCCGAUCCUGAACAGCAACGAAAGAUAUCAGAACAAAGCCAAGGUGUGGAAGUGUUGCCAGAUCAGCCAGACCAUUUUGCUGAAACAGAUGUCUCUGUUGUGGAUGGCCUAAGUUGGAUUGCAGAGGGGUCUGAGUCGAGGGACACUGUGGAAACUGGGGAAGACCUUGACUCAAAGUUGUUCCUUGCUCGUAAAUACGUUGAUGGACAGGAAACAACAGUAUUCCUCGGCAUAAAGGAUUCUGUUGUCAGAGAAAGUGAAAGUCUCACUGGGAAAAUUGUUCAGAACAUCAACCUUACUUCUGUGGUGUCAGCAGCACUGGAUAAUGAUGACACAGCUGUUCGCCUUAAGUUGGAUACCAUUGUACGGAGCAAGAGAGAGCUGUACUAUGUCUUUGACGAUUCAGGAGAUGCAGUGGAGUUCCAUCAGGUCCUCAUGCCAUUUGUGAGAGCGAAAGCUCUCAAGGACAUGACUGCAGAAUGCUUACAGUGUUUGCAGUGUGGAACACAAUUUCCUAAACGAGAGGUAAAGAAGAAAGUUGUGGAAGAAAGCAUCAAUAAAGACACGGACAAGAAAAGGAUAUCUGAAGUGGAUGUCUGCCCUCAGUGUGAAAGUCGUUUCCUUCUUGAAGCUGCCAGCCCUACACAAGCCUCCGAAGGGCCAAGACGUGAUCAGGAGAAGGCGACUAAAGGAGGCGAUUCAGGCUCAGAGGACAGCAUUGAAGCCGUGAACACUGACUCAGCGCAUCAACUUUACCGUCCUGGCUUCAGAAAAAGUCAGAGUGAUAUCACGAUUCUAAGCAAUCCAAGUCAAAGCAGCAUCACGGUCUUGUCGUCGACCUCCGCUGCAGCUUUGAAUCUGGCAAAAGAUGGAGAACGAACAGUAUCGCCGCCACCAAAUGUUGUGUUGCCGACCGUAACAGAGAUACUCAAUGAGCCCACAGGCUACACAAAAGGAGUUUGCAGUGGUAUAGAAAAAGCUGGGAGCCAGUGCUACGCGGAGCCUGUUUUGUCCGACUCGAGCUUCGAGAGUGCACGAAGUCAAGUGACGCUUGGCCGAAAGUCCGGUGCAGGAUCCGCAGGAUCAGCAGCACACUUAAAGAGCAUCUCUCCAUGGGACAUACUUCAUGAAUUUGAUACGGUGACAUCUGAGACCUUCACACUGCUUGAUCACAGGAUCAAGCUUUAUCUGGAACUUAGCAUGUUUGCUAAAGAUGAAGACUUUGUUUGUGCCUUGAAGAUGUCUCUCGUACCGUCUACGACAUUAGAAGAAGUGCCUGCGCUUUUUGUCAUGUCCACUAAGAGGGCUUAUUUCUUCAAGAUAGCUGGGGAAGAAAGUGAUAGUCCUGAAUCAUGGCUCCAAGUGCUGGAAAAUCGUCCUCUGACGUGUCUGAAGAGCAUUUCCUCGAUGCUGGGCAACCAGGGCUUUCGUCUGAGUUGGCACGCAGAUAGAGGCAAUGUGCCUUGGCAGCUGUGCCUUCUCAGAGAUGCAGAUCAUUGCAACUGUUUUCUGCAGGUCUUUACAGGGAGGCUAGAGGAUGUAGUCAAGACAAUGCCAAAAAUGGAAACAACUGUGAAUGAGAGCCUUGCACAGUUAGCGAAAGAAGUUUUACCUUUCGGCGAUACUCUGUCGUCUGCGUGUGAUAUUGGCAGAGAGGGUGAAGUGGUGUUGUACAUUAUGGUGUUCUGGUGUCCUGAUAAAGGCCCAAAGAACACACCUGCAAUGGAACCUGUAUCUUUGGUGGUCACCAAAUCUGAUAUAUGUUUGGCAAGGGAAAAUUACAUAAAAGAUGUGAAAGUGCACAGCAGGUUCAGAACUCAGUACAAGUUUCUCUCAGCACAGAGGAUUAGCAAUCUCACUGCCAUGCACUUACACGAAGACCUGGUCACUGUUACCCUCACGUUUCUUGACGAAGACGCAGACGGUGUAGAAACAAAGUGGAUUGUACGGACUGCCACCAAGGCUUCCCUUCACACCUUUCUGAACACAUUAAGAGUGCCCUGGGAAGAACUCUUUGGCAUUGAGAUGCCUCUUAUAUUUAUGUCUUAGCAUCCUCAGCAUUUCUGCAGAAAGUGAAGCACACCUCCAUCUGUUCAACAGCAUUCUUAGCAAUAUCACCAUUUUUUGUCUAUCCAUUCCCAACUUCCCAGUGCAAGCAAUGUGAUAUAGUCACGUUAUGUUUUUGAAAAAACUGUGCCACAAGAGAAACCGAGCGAGUGUCAGGACUGUGCUUGCGCUGGCCAGCCCCUUUUUGAAGUGGAACAUGGUGGCCUGUUCGGAAGAGUUGAGUAAAGGCGCAAGUAUGUUAAUAAAUGUGCUGUGUAUUUUUGUAUGAUUA